AUGUCCAACGCAACCCACUACUCCCUUGAGGGUUGGUCUCCUGCGCCUCACGAAUAUCAAGCGCGUGUCACGUACCCCUGGCUAUAUGUCAAAGUGACGUUAAGGAGAGACAUCAUAGGAAAAACUGGGAUCAUCCGAGAGGACGAGCCGCCCACAUCAAAUAACAUCUUCACAUUUUCGACGUCAGAUGAAUUGGAUGUUCUCAGUGUAUCUGUCACUGGAGAAGCAAGGCAUAGGACGUGUAAUCGUAUGGUGGUCAAUUGUCAAAUUGGAUGUGUGGACAUCUCGGUCAAUGAGCUACUAGCAAAGUGCAUCAAAGGGGAAACCAAUUUAGAACUCUUGACUUUGUCCAAUCAUGACGUUGAUGUCGAGAAACGUGUCGGAAUUGAUGUGGAGGCUGUAAGUCAGGAAAUCAGACAAGACAAGUUGUCUACGAAUGCUACAGAUUCCACAGCCGAUACUAUUGGAUCCCUCGUCCGGAAGUUGGAUGAAGUUUUCAAAGCUGUCAAUGACAUAAGUUCUAAGAUGGUCUCAAAUAGCGAUGAUCCGUUUGGAAAGCUUGGCGAGCUUGUGUUCAAUAUCCGUUCACUCAAGGGACUCGACAAUCUGUAUACUACCGUGCUCGAGCAGUGGGGUAUCUCAUGGGAGGAUCCGCACUGUGUUGAACGAUUUGGGAAGGUUCUUGGGCUAGUCCUAUUUGGAAAGGAGCCUGUUUCGGAUGAUGAUAUUGACAAUAUCCUGGGCCUUGGACAAGGGAAGGCGCAUCUGACACUCCAGAGACUGCGCCGUGCGACUCCACCAUUCAUCCUUUUCCGAUUAUCUUGUGACGGCGGAGCGUACCAGUAA